AUGUCGCAUUACAUGAAUGCAUCUUCGUGGACUUCAUUUCUCGAAUCAAUUACUUCGUUUAGUGGUGAUUUAUCAACUUCGACUGCUCCUCCGUUUAUUUUAUCUCCCACCUCUUUAGUAGAAUACAGUCAGAAUUGGGGCGAAACUUUUGAGCUAGCGCUAGACGCAACCUCUAUAAUCAACACUGAAGAUGGAAAACCUGCAGAGGAACUUCGAAUGCUGAAGAUCGUUAAAUGGUUUGUGUCAACGUUGAAAUCACAGUAUAUUUCACGUAGCCAAGAAUCAGGUUCUGAGAAAAAACCUCUAAAUCCAUUCCUCGGUGAAAUAUUUGUCGGCAAGUGGCCUAACGAGCAGCACCCGGAGCAUGGUGAGACAAUUCUACUUGCUGAGCAAGUAUCUCACCAUCCUCCAGUUACUGCUUAUACGCUUAUUAAUGACAAGAAGAAAGUUCGCUUAGAAGGAUACAAUCAGGUCAAAGCAUCGCUCUCCAGGAUGAUAUUAAGUGUCAAGCAGUAUGGUCAUGCUGUGCUGUCUCUAGACGAACUGGACGAGCAUUACCUGAUCACUUUCCCCCCUUUACACUUGGAGGGGCUUUUGAUCGCUUCACCAUGUGUCGAGCUGGAAGGAAAAUCCUACAUUCAGUCAUCGACCGGAUUGUUCUGCGUAUUUGAAUAUUCAGGUAAGGGAUACUUCACUGGAAAAAGGAAUUCCUUCAAGGCCAGAAUUUUCCGCUCUCAAGGUGAUGCUGAAGACAAGGAGAAGGCGCUCUACACUAUCAGGGGACUGUGGUCCGAUAUUUCUUACAUAUCCGAGGGUGCUGGCUCCUCCAAUGCGACUGCUGAGAAGGUGUUUUAUAACGCCAAAAAAUCCUCGUUUAAGCAUCUGCAGGUGAAGCCAAUUGAAGAGCAAUUUCAUCUUGAAUCUAGAAGAGCUUGGGAUAAGGUAGCUCGUGCCAUCAGGUCAGGCGACUAUGAAGCUAUCCAUAAAGAAAAGUCAGCAAUAGAACAGCAUAACCGCGACCUAAGAAAACAAGAGAAGGCGGAAGGUAUCCAAUGGCAAACAAGAUGGUUUCAGCCAAUCGACUACAGCAAUGCACCUGAGUCUUCCGAUAAACUUUUCAAGAGUCUCGCGAACGCUGCUGGACUUUCAACUGACAAUGUCCCCAGUGGCACAAUGGUUAAAGACCUGGACUCCAGAAAGAAAAGAAUUCCCGCUAUCCACUGGAGGUUUGUCAGAAGUAACUGGGACAACGAAAAAGAAGUUACAUUAUAA